AUGAUUUAGAAUCUGUGCCUGGAUAUAAAGCAUAAAAAAGUAUUUGAGCAUCAUUAAACAGAACAAAUAUGUAGAAUCUGUAUUUGCGAGGAGGAAACCUCUAAAUUUAUUGCUCCUUGUAAAUGUAAAGGAACUGCUGAGUUUGUUCAUUAAGAGUGUUUAAAAAUGUGGAUUCUUGAGUAAUAUGGAGUUAAUAAAAUUUAUAAUGAUGAGCUCUAUUGUGAGGUUUGCCAUCAUAAAUUCGAAUUUGAUGCCGAUUUUAAUGACAGAUUUGAUAUCAAAUAAUUUUAAAGAAUAAAAAAGAGAACAAAACUUUGUUGGCUAAUACAAAUGUUUUUUAUCAUUCUAUUUAUUUUUGGAUCUAUUGAAAUUGCUUUGGGGUUUGGUAUAAAUUCUUUGGCAACUGUUGCGAUUAUUGUUGUAUUUGGUCUGAUAACUGUAUCUUUAACUAUUUACUUAAUUUUCAAUUUUAGUUCAGCUCAUACUAUUUAAAUGAUUGAAAAUUGGAAUUUCCAGAAUUACAAACCCAAAUCUUCAGCUUCAUUGCCCAAAAAGAACACUAAGAAGAUAACCAAUCAAUUCAUUCGAGUCAAUCAAAUAUAUUUUACUUGA